CCUCGCCGCUCACACUAGUCACUACCAGUCACUAAAACUAAUAAUUUUAUCUUAGAUUAACUACUUUAAACACCAACACAUCACACAAUGAAGCCACCAUACAAAAUCGCGGACGAGAAAUUGGCAGAAUUAGGCCGCAAUGAAAUUAUGCUGGCUGAAAAAGAAAUGCCAGGGUUAAUGGCUUGCCGUCGUAAAUAUGCGCCUGGGAAAAUUUUGAAGGGUGCCAGAAUAGCUGGCAGUCUUCAUAUGACUGUACAAACAGCAGUGCUGAUAGAGACUCUCAUUGAAUUGGGAGCUGAAGUCCAGUGGUCCAGCAGCAAUAUAUACAGCACACAAGAUGAAGCCGCAGCUGCUUUAGUCGCGAGAGGUAUUCCCAUUUAUGCUUGGAAAGGAGAAACAGAAGAAGAGUAUGUCUGGUGUAUUGAACAGACACUCAUUUUCGCAGAUGGAAAGCCAUUGAAUAUGAUUCUGGAUGAUGGUGGUGAUUUGACAAACUUGGUACACACAAAAUACCCUCACCUCUUGGAAGGUGUCAAAGGCAUAAGUGAAGAAACAACAACAGGUGUCCACAACUUGUACAAAAUGUUCCGUGAAGGUCUAUUAAAGGUUCCAGCUAUAAAUGUCAAUGAUUCUGUUACUAAAAGUAAAUUUGACAAUUUAUAUGGAUGCAGAGAGUCACUGCUUGAUGGAAUUAAAAGAGCCACAGACAUUAUGAUAGCUGGCAAAGUUUGUGUUGUGGCCGGUUAUGGAGAUGUGGGCAAAGGAUGUGCUCAAGCAUUCAAGGGCUUUGGUGGCAGAGUUGUAGUUACUGAAAUUGACCCUAUUAAUGCCCUUCAAGCGGCUAUGGAAGGUUUCCAAGUAACAACUAUGGAUGAGGCUUCUGAAAUUGGUCAGAUAUUUGUGACCACCACUGGAAACAUUGACAUCAUUACAAAGGACCACUUCUUAAAAAUGAAAGAUGAUGUUAUUGUAUGUAACAUUGGCCACUUUGACUGUGAAAUUGAUGUGGCUUGGUUAGAGAAAAAUGCAAAGAAAGUCAAUAUUAAACAGCAUGUUGAUCGUUAUGAGCUUGAUAAUGGUAAUCACAUAAUUGUACUGGCUUCUGGAAGGCUCGUUAACUUGGGCUGUGCUACGGGUCAUUCAUCUUUUGUCAUGUCCAACUCAUUCACAAAUCAAGUUUUGGCCCAAAUUGAGUUAUGGACAAAACACAAUUUAUACCCUAUCGGUGUACACACAUUGCCAAAGAAGUUAGAUGAGGAAGUUGCUGCCCUUCAUCUUGACCAUCUUGGAGUUAAACUUACAAAGUUAAGUUCCAAACAAGCCAAGUACAUUGGUGUACCAGUUGAAGGCCCUUACAAACCAGACCAUUACAGAUAUUAAAUUUUUAAGAUGCACUUUUACAUAUAUGAACAUGUAUAAAAAUAACAAAAUGCAGUGUUUGAAACAACUUGUGUUUGAUAAUGGUGUACUGGUAAAAAAUAAAAUAACAUUUUCUUCGUG